AUGAGCUCUUAUGAAAAAGCAGAAAUCUUGAAAAAUCAUGAGGUUUACUUCAUAGGACACAAGAGAUCAAAGAAUUCAAAUUUACGUGAUUUUAGUGGGAAUUUUGGCUUUGAUGAUGGUGAGAAAAACCUCAUAGUUGAAACUGGAGAUCACAUCAACUAUAGGUAUCAAGUAAUAUCGAAAUUGGGUAAAGGGAUGUUUGGUAAUGUUAUGAAAUGUUAUGAUCACAAAACAGGAACAGAUGUCUCAAUCAAAAUCAUGAAAAAUGAUAUCACCUGGUCAUUACAAUGUAUUAACGAAAUCAAAAUUUUGAAGAAAAUGAAACAUGAGAAUCUUUUAGCGUAUUAUGGGCAUUUCAAUUUUAGAUCACAUAUCUGUAUUUCAACAGAGCUACUAGGUGUUAACCUCUUUGAAGCUCUGGAAGCUACAAAGUUUAAUGGUUUUGAUAUCUCGAUCAUACGGAAAUGGUCUAAAGGUUUACUAAGUGGAUUAGAUUUUAUUCAUAAACAAGGUUUUGUUCAUGCUGAUUUAAAGCCGGAAAAUAUCAUGUUGGUUGAUUCAUACUCUCUAGAUAUAAAGAUAAUUGAUUUUGGCUCUUCAUCGGCUAUUGGAGAUGUUUCUUAUCCUUAUAUCCAAUCAAGAUAUUAUAGAGCUCCUGAAAUUCUCUUGGGGUGUCGCUAUAAUGAAAAAAUUGAUAUCUGGUCAUUUAUAGCUCUAAUUUUUGAACUUUACCAUGGUGAUCCGUUGUUUGGUGCUAGAGAUGAAAGCCAACUUUUCAGUAUGAUUGUCAAACUCAUUGGGAUGCCUACGCCUGAUACAAUUUUAACUAUGAGAAACGAAGUUUUGAAAUAUGGAUCCAUUAAUAAGAAAGGGGACCCUAAACUUGUUGACAAAAGAGUCUUUAUAUUCACAAAAUUUGAUGAAAAGGGCAAGUAUAAGGGCUUAAGAAUUGACCAAAGCCCAACUGAUAAAAAUUAUUUAAAAGAUUUGAAGGAAACGCAACCACAAUUUGUUGAUUUUUUAAAUUCAGCAUUGAUCUGGAACUACAAGGAACGUCCAUCAGCACAAACGUUACUCAAUCAUAAAUUUCUUGCAUGA